UCAACCUUUUAACGAUUAUAUCAUCACGAAAAUGAUGAAUACAAUUCGAUAUUUUGGUGUUAUUUUGAGUUUAACUUUGUUUGUGACUUCACUCGUAAAUGGAGACAUGGAAUGUGAAUUGUUGCUCGAGAACGGUGAAAAUAACUAUUUAGCACAUUCGAAGCUUGGAAAUGUAUUUGCUGGUUUCAACCAAAUAUUUGAAACCGUUCAUCGCUCGGAAACCAUUCAGAAAAGUUUGGACACGAAAACAUUGAACUUUGUUGAACUAUUGUUGGCUGCUAAGAAGAUUGAAUUGGAAUUGAAGUCAUUGGACGAAAAUAAAUUCAAUCGGACUAUGGAAGAACUCUGUCGCGAACCAUCAACAGAUAAUCUAUGGCUCGAAAGUACACAUGUGAUUUUAAGAACGGCCAUCGAAUUGAAGACAUUAUUAACACCACUUAUGACCACAAAUGAUCUCGAAUUCAGCACUCGACCACGACUUGGCUGAUUGUUUCUGAUGGAAGAACUCUGUGAACCCAAAUAACUUUUAAAGAACAAAUAUGUC